UACCACUCAAAUACAACUAAUAUGGAAGUGAAUGGAUCAACUUCUACAGACGAAACAAAUGUAGUGAUACCUCAGCAAAAGCGAAAAGUAAUUGUUAUUUUGGAAAAUGCUUCAUUAGAAGCCGCCAAAUUGAAUCCAAAUAGAUAUGACAGUAAAAUGCAACUAUUGAACUGUGAUGAACAUCAAUCAAUAUUGAAACGACUUGGAAGGGAUAUUGCUGAUGCUCGACCUGAUAUUGUUCAUCAAUGUCUCCUUACACUUUUGGAUAGUCCUCUUAACAAGGCUGGUCACCUGGAGGUAUAUAUUCAUACAGCCAAAGGAGUCGUUAUUCGUAUCAAUCCUGAAUGUCGUAUUCCAAGAACUAUCAAACGAUUCUCUGGAUUAAUGAUUCAAUUAUUGGAACGAGGUUAUAUUACUAGUCAAAUGGGACAAACGAAAUUACUUGAAAUUAUUACACCUCCAUUGAUUCAACAUUUACCCAAAGACGCAAUCAAACUCGCCUUGUCAUGGAAUGCGCCUAAGGUAAGACUAUACAGUUAUUUCAAGGAAUUGAAUCUAGAUGAAAAACCACUUGUAAUUGCUGUGGGAGCUAUGGCCAAAGGGGAAGAUACAUUUGCUGAUGCAUAUACUGAUGAAAAGAUUGGUAUAUCAAACUAUUCAUUAUCGGCAUCUGUAGCAUGUGGCAAAGUAUGUUGUGCUUUGGAGGACCUUUGGAACGUUAUGUAGAUAUUUAGUAGCUGUAUAGUUUUUUUUUUCUUUUUUUUUUUUUUAAUAAAAAU